AAAAUCACUUUUAAAAAUAGGAAAAUAAAUUCAUUUUUUAUUUUUUAAUAUAAAUUUUAUAAUUUUAAACUGUAUUAUGUGGAUUUUUUAAUAUAUUUAUUCUGAGCUUUGAUAUGAUGUUCAAUGCUUCGUAUACUUUUGAUACUUUUUUACUUGAUUACUUCAAACACAAGUUCAUUUUUAAUUAAAAAUCCUUCACACAUUUGUCCAAAUAAAUUAAUUUUUGAGGUUUUGGCCCAUAAAACUGGAACAGGGAAUACGAAGAAUAAUAGGGACAGUAGGCCUAAGUAUUUAGGCCUGAAACGAUUCCAUAACAUGUUUGUAUACACUGGUAACAUCAUCGCACGACAACGUGGAGCACAUUUCAAACCCGGCCCCGGAGCCGCUAUGGGUAGAGAUUUUACUAUAUAUGCCAAGAGAAGUGGUCGUUUACAGAUAUUGAAGAGGCGUAUAAGUGUAUUAGAUUUAUUGGCAGAAAAUGAAUAUAUUAAAGAAGUAAAUAAGAAUUAUGAUUCGCCUACCAUUAACACACUUUCCAAAAUCUGGACCAAAAAAACACUUUAAACAAUAAAUUAACAACUUAAUAUAAUUAUAAUACUA